CUGAGCAUUUGCACGCAUUUUCUGAGCAGUCGUGCACUUUCAGACUGCAAAAAUUGCAAAACCUCACAUUUAGAGCUUCUCUCAAGACCUCGCGUUGAAUCAACGCGUCUACCUCCCUAGCACCCUCAAAAUGUCUUCCCUCACCACCCAAGGCCUCAAGAAGGAGCAAAUCACAACCUCCAUCGAUCUCCUCACACAAAACCUGAUCAACAUCAACGACACAACCGGCGAAUUCCUGCUCAAGCUCCCCGAUGGCCGCAUCAUUGACACCAAAGGCUGGGACGGCUGGGAAUGGACACACGGCAUCGGUCUGUACGGCCUGUGGCACUACUACACACUGACCGGCAACCAAACCACAAAAGACAUUAUGCUGGGCUGGUACUCCAAGCAGCUUGCCAAGGGCACAACCAAGAACAUCAAUACCAUGUCCCCGUUCCUCGCGCUCGCGUAUCUGUACGAGGACACCGGUGACAAGACUUUCGUGCCGUGGCUGGAUACCUGGGCUGAGUGGGUGAUGCACGAUUUGCCGCGUACGAAGUAUGGAGGCUUCCAGCACGAGACGUAUCUUGAGUACAACAAGGAUGAGCUCUGGGACGACACGCUGAUGAUGAGCGCGUUGCCUUUGGCGAAGAUUGGACUCACACUCAACCGACCAGAGUACAUUGAGGAGGCUAAGAGGCAGUUCAUUCUGCACUGCCAGUACCUUUUUGACCCAACAACGGGGCUGUUCUUCCACGGGUGGAAGUUUGAGGAGAAGGAUGGGAAGGUAGGACACAACUUCGCGCAGGCAAGGUGGGCAAGAGGAAACUCAUGGCUCACGAUCGUCAUUCCCGACUUUAUCGAGCUGUUGGACCUGAAGGAGUCGGACCCCACGAGGCUGUUCCUAAUCGGCAUUCUCGAGGCACAGUGCAAGGCGCUGGUCAAGCUGCAGCAGGAGGAUGGCAUGUGGUGUACAUUGCUCGAUGUUCCAGCCUCCGAGGGCUCAUACGUCGAGGCAUCGGCGACAGCUGGUUUCGCGUACGGUAUGCUCAAGGCUGUGAGGAAGAGGUACCUCAAGGGAGAAGAGUACCAGAAUUCAGCAGCCAAGGCUAUUAAGGCUGUUCUCGCCAACAUCAACCCUGAGGGUGAGCUGCUGAACACCAGCUUUGGCACGGGUAUGGGACACACACUUCAGCACUACAAGGACAUUGCCGUUACAAGCAUGCCUUACGGUCAGGCGAUGGCUAUCAUGGCACUUGGAGAGUUUUUGAGGUCGUUUAUUUAGGUCUUGCACAGCUAGUAACACUUUACGAAGCAAUGAUAAGACGUUUGAUGAGAAGUUCGGAUCUAUUAGUCGGCUUAAAAAGAUGCUGUACAGUUCUUCCCGAUCAUCUGCAAUGCACGGCGGUGGAUUGACAAAGAUGUGACCUAUACUGCAACCUUUCGCGUAUCCUCCGAUAAGAGCCUUUUGCCUGAUGUACUGUGGUGCCUCCAGAAGUUCUCAGCAGUAGCAGUCCUCUUUUGAGUAUACGACGCGAAAGUAGAUGGCAGGAUGUCAAAUCAAUUAAACCUUUGGGAUAAGUGGAAAUGUUUAGAGCAGAGCCAAUUGCAGUUGAUUGUUCAAGUUCCGCGGUAAAAGCGUUCUUUUGCCACAUCCAAAAGUGCUGAAAACUUCUUGGGGG